CAUACCAAAUCCCUAAUUUCUUCAUCUCUUUCCUUUGUCACAAAUCCCCCAAUUUCCUCUCUCCCCUUUCUAACGUCUUUUUGAUUCUUCUUUGGGGGGAGAAUUUCUUCCAUCUCUUCUUCAACAAUCUUCGUAUCUACUUCGGAUCAAAGAGAUAAUGGCGGCCAUCAAUCGGUACACUGACAACACAGCCCCGGCUAACCCGGUUGUUUCUCCAGCCAAGCAAUCCUUGCCGCCUGCCAAAACUGCCGACUCUCAAUCUGUUCUCAAGAGGUUGCAGUCUGAAUUAAUGGCUUUAAUGAUGAGUGGAGACUCUGGGAUCUCAGCUUUUCCCGAGGAAGAUAACAUUUUUUGUUGGAAAGGGACAAUAACUGGAAGCAAAGAGACAGUGUUUGAAGGAACAGAGUACAGGUUAUCAUUUUCAUUCCCUAAUGAUUACCCUUUUAAGCCUCCAAAGGUCAAGUUUGAGACUGGCUGCUUUCAUCCAAAUGUGGAUGUCUAUGGCAAUAUUUGCUUGGAUAUACUUCAGGAUAAAUGGUCAUCAGCAUAUGAUGUGAGAACUAUACUUCUAUCCAUCCAGAGUCUGCUCGGAGAACCGAACAUAAGUUCACCUCUAAACACUCAGGCAGCCCAAUUGUGGAGUAAUCAAGAAGAAUACCGGAAAAUGGUGGAGAAAUUGUACAAGCCUCCAACAGCAGCUUAGCUUUGUUUUUUUAGACUAACUAGGAUUUGUAUCUCUCUUUUUGCGCUAGAGAGAGAGAGAAAGAAAGAGAGAGAGGAGGAGAUUUUCUACUAAUUUUUCUUUCUUUUUCCUUUCAGUUUAAGAUCUUCCAUUUCUUUUACUAUGUGUUGCAGAUAUAUGUUGUGUUCUACUGUUAUAUGUGGAAAUUUCAGUCAAAAGCUAUAAUAUUUGUUUGUUCUCAUUUCAAA